AUGUAUGCAUCUCGAGCUAAAUAUCGUCCGUCUUUCAGCUCGCAGGGACUCGGACCUAAAGUGUCCGCAUCUGUGGCUUACAAACGGGCUUUCCAGAAGGCAACGUUCAACAAGAUUCUGGGAUCAUCUGUGCUGGGUAGCGAGUAUAUCAGCAAGAAGAACUUCUUGACCAGAGGACAUCACGCUCCUGAUGCGGAUUUCCAUUUCGCGGCGUGGCAAUUCUGCACGUACUUCUACAUAAACGCGAGCCCGCAGUGGAACAGGAUCAACGGCGGGAAUUGGGCGACGAUCGAGAACCUGGUGCGAAGGUUGGCCGGAAAACUCGCGAGGGAUUUGAAAGUGUACACGGGAACCUACGGCGUUUUAUCUUUGAACGACACCGACGGGAAUCAGCAGGAGAUGCACCUAGUUCGAGGCAACAUCUUGCCAAUUCCUGAAUACAACUGGAAACUUGUGGUGGACGAGGAAACGGCUGAAGCUAUCGUUCUUUUAGUGUUGAACAAUCCUUUCGUUAAUCCCGAAGAAGUGGUCCAUCUGUGCGAGAAUUCUUGCCGCGAGAACGGAUGGUUUCAUAAGAGUUGGAAUAAGACGCAGAACGGGGCGGUUUUCUGCUGCGAGUACGAUAGAUUCGAGGAGGCUGUGGGCCCUCUGGUGUCCGCCUCGUUAAACGUUACCGGCGUUCUUCGAGGCCCGAACUGAGCGCGGAAAUUACGUAUUCUUUAAUUAAAUUUAACAAUUGCGAAAAUAGAAGAGCAACCGGAGAAUGAGGAAGCAAAAAAAAAAUAUACAAAGCAACGUGUAGAGGAGGGUGGAAGACCUCGAUUGUUCCACUUGUAAAGUAAACAGUUACACCCUCAAGAGGCGGCGGUUUUUUUCCUGAAGUUGAAAGAAGGAAUGAGGAGAAAACUUAAUUUUGCCGCAUUAGCCCCGGAAGGAGAACGAGGGAGUAAAAAUAAAAUACAGAAAUGUGCGAACCGAGAAAAGUUUUUCCUCUUUUCUUUCAUUUCAUUUCUUGUCCGCGUCUCCAGAGAUGCCCUCCGUGUAUUAUUAAAUCAAACUUCGCUGCGGCUGUCUUUAAUUGCUCUCAAAUCUUCCUCUACAACUCAACAACAACAAGAAGAAGAAAAGAAAAAAAAACUUAGUUUCCAAAUCUAAAUUAUUGUUAUUUA